CACCUUAUAUAUCUACCAAUUUUUUUUAUCUAACCUUAUAGAAAAAAAAUUAAAUCUUGUCUGCAAACAAAUUCUGAACAUAUUAUGAUAUAUUAUAAUUUUAUAUAAUUCAGCAAAUUUGUGAUAAAGAUGAGUUCUAAGAAAGGGAAGCGGAAUUUAGGUAAUAAACACUUUCCCAUAGCGGAGUCUGUGAGUAUAGCCCUCAAAAUUCAACUGGACAAGUUUCUGAGUGAUGAAAAUGAAACGGAGCUCAAGUUUCCUACGUUUCUGUCGGCUCAGGAGCGCGGGUUCAUCCAUGAAACUGUCGCCAAAUUGGGCUUAAAGUCUAAAUCUCGCGGGAAAGGUGUCAACCGUUAUAUAACAAUUUACAAAAGGACCGGCUCGACUAUAAUACAAAAUGAUGCCAAGCUGAUACUAGAUUCAAACAUGAGAUGUAGUAUUGCUGAGCUAUCAAAUGCUUUCCCCAUUACUAGCAAGGAGAAAGAUGAUUUGAGCUGUUGUCCUGAAAAAGAGAGAAGUCCUCAGUUGACUCAUAAAACACUUGGCCAACUGAAUAAUGGUGUAGCUCAGGUGGGGGGUAACCAUAACUUAUUGUUAACAAGCCUCAUAUAAUUUUUAUUUUAAUAUA